CAGCCUCCAAGAAGCGACAUGGCUCUCAACGCGCAGGUGGUGGUGCUGUUGGCGACGGCGAUGCUGGCCGGGGCGCUGCCGCUGGAGGACGAAUACGGCAACGUGCUGCACGCGUCCGGUGGCUACGCCGCCCCCGCCGCCUACGCCGCCCCCGCCGUCGCGUACGCGGCGCCCAUCGCCAAAGCCGUAGUCGCCGCGCCCGCAGUCGCCUACGCCGCCCCCGUCGCUAAGGCAGUCGUGGCGGAGCCUGUGGCGUACCCGAAGUACGAGUUCAACUACGGCGUCCAUGACGCGCACACCGGCGACAUCAAGCAGCAGUCUGAGGCGCGCGACGGCGACGUGGUGAAGGGCAGCUACUCGCUGGUCGAGCCCGACGGCUCCACCCGCACAGUCGAGUACCAGGCGGACGACCACAACGGCUUCAACGCGGUCGUGCACCGCACGCCCGGCGCGCACCCGGUGGCCGUGGCGCCCGCCGUCGCCGUGGCGCAUGCGCCGGUCGCCGUGGCGCACGCGCCCAUCGGCUACCACUAAGCCACCCACGUCCGCCAGGCGGCGCCGCCUCUGCCUAGUCGCUCACCUCACGCCGGAGUGCGCAGGCUCCGCAGUCACACGGCCUCUCCCUAACCAACCAGGACCUUCAUUUUGUGCGGUUUGUUGACAACAAUCCAAUCGCUGGAUGAUCCUUAUCUAACCUAUACCUUUCCACCCCUAAACUAUUCUAAGCCCUACUAUUCGCAUCCGAGGACGAACAAAAGUUAGAACUCAUGCAUAUGUGAAGUGCACAACAGAAAGUAAAAUCAACCGUCGUGACUGUCUGGUGUGAAAAUCAAGAAUCUGCUGUCACAUUUUCUCCAACCUCUAGGGAACAACUACGUCAAUGACAACUUUCAAACACUUCAGUUCUCUUAAUUUUCCUGGAACAGAUGUGUUCAGUCCUCCGAUUCGUAUGAUAUCUAUAAGAUACACUGAGACAUGAGUCGCUUGGAGGAACACAUCGGCUAUACUACGUGUAUUCUAGUCAUAGACGCGAGUUCACGCAGACACAUGGAGAGGACAGUUUUCAUACAUUACCACUGUGGUAUUGCUUUCACACUUUCAUUAGUCUCUACAGCAAGUUCGACCAAUUUUAUACAUACAUUUAUUUUAAUGCCUUUACCUUUCUCUUAAUUUUACUUCUUUCUUCUCUUUGCGUCUCUAUUCAUUCACAUACGAUGUCUGUAGCUGAGCGUACUCUAAUGAGAUGGAAGUCGAGCAAGAGGUGAUUCGUUGCAGAAAUUAUCAUAGCCAGUGUUUGAUGGGCAAACGGAUAGUACGAAUUACGGUCAGCCAUUGUAACGGUCGCUACUACCUUAUAGCUAAACCUUGGCUCGUUUCAGACACUAACAUUCUUGCAAUACUACUUACUGUCGAUCCAGUUUUCAACAGAAUGAUGGCACCGAGAAAAUAUCUUCAAGGCGUCAGCCUUUUAUAGGAUGCCACUCUGAACCAUAGCGUAACAGGUUAUGACACACUCUGCAUUGCUUUCAUGUCUAUUUCUUGAGUGAAGUCUGUUCUCCUAUUUGCAUAUCAAUUAACCCUCCGACAAUCCUUAAGACUAUCUCAUUUCCUCUUGUAUUUUAAUCUCGAUUAGGUAAUGCGCACAGUAACACUUUAUAGUCUCAUACUGGGCAACGAACGCAAUCUAACCUCCGAUAUAACUUAAAACGGUACACAGUGUUGUAACAGAGUGACAAGAACUGUCGAAGGUGUCUGAGUCGCCGUGUCCGCUUAGAGUCUGCGCCCUCCGUUUCCUCAACCAUUCCCUAUCAGCCUUCUACGGCGCCACCAGCCCUAGCUACUCCAACAGUCGCUCGCCCCAUCCACUCAUACUGCAUGCAUGUUGGUGUUGUUUGUACAUUAGCUUUCGCUCAUAGGCGACAUACUCAUGUGGAGGUGUUAAUUACAAUUCAUGUUUUCAUAAACAGCAUGGCUAUUCAUUUUUAUACGUCUAUUUUUCAAAUGUAAAAUAAAGUUAUUAUCAAAAGAUUA